AUUUUAUGAUUAAAAUCUAGACUUAUUAAAGUUUUUAGUGCAUGUAAUUAUGUGGCAUAAUCAGGAUAUAAACGUAAGUUUAAUUCGUGCUGUUCGUCAAGGAAAGCUAAAUAGAGCAAGGGAGUUAAUAAAUUUAUACGGGCUGUCAUAUUCAGAAGCAUGGUCAAAAGGGUAUGUUUUACUUUGUGAGGCUCUUAAGAAUAGACAUUUGGAGAUGGCUAAACUGCUUUUAACAAGCGGCUCUAAAGUCAACAGUAAAAACAGCUAUCAAAACCCAUCUAAUACUCCUCUUCAUUUGGCUGCUAUAAAUGGUGACAUAGAAAUUAUAAAGAUGCUUCUAAACAGAGGUGCUGAUAUUAAUGCUAAAAAUUUUAAUGGUAAAACUCCACUUCAUGAUGCGAUUGAAAAUAAUAAAGUAGAAAUUACUGAAUUACUUUUAAAACAUGGAGCUGAUGUUAAUGCCAGUCAUAGUAACGCUCAAAGUCCACUCCAGGCUGCAAUGCAAAAAGGAAACUUACAAAUUGUUGAGAUGCUUUUAAAAAAUGGAGCUUAUAUUAACUGCGUAAUUAGUGUGUACACUUCAAGAUGGGAAAAUGACUAUACGCCACUUCACUUUGCUGUGGAAAAAGGUAGUUUAGAAGUUAUGAAGUUGCUGUUAAAUAGAGGGGCUAAUGUUGAUGCUAAAGCGGAAGAUGACGUAACCCCUCUACAUAUUGCUGCUAAGAAAGGAUACCUACGUAUUGCCGAAGAUCUUCUAAACCAAGGUGCUUGUAUUCAUUCUUUAACAUUGAAGAAAGGAUAUACGCCACUACAUUUAGCUUCUGAGCUAGGUAAUGAAGAAAGUGUGAAAUUAUUCUUGAAUAGAGGUGCUAAUAUCGAUGCUAGCACAAAAGGAAAUUUAACGCCACUUUAUGUCGCUGUAAAAGAAGGGAAUAUGAGAGUUGUCAGACUGCUUUUACGACAUGGUGCUAAAGUUGAUAAUCAGGAUACAGAUAGCAAAACUAUACUACACCUCGCUGUUGAAAAAGGACAUUUAAUGAUUGUUGAGGAAGUUUUAAAGUAUUGUCCUGAUAUUAAUAAUCAAAGUAACAGAAGUUCUCUUAACACUGCAGUGUACAGCAAUGGAGAAGAGUUUAAAAAGAUUGUUGAGGCGCUUCUAGAAUAUGGUUUAAUAGUUAAUCCCGAAAAUGCAAAUAAUCCUAAGCUAUUACAUAUUGCUAUUGAAAAAGGAUAUUUGAAAAUUGUUUCAGAUCUGUUGAAGUAUGGUGCUGAUGUUAAUAUGCUACACAAAUUACCAUUUUUUGAAUCACUAUGUCUCUCACCUUUACAUAGAGCAGUUAAAUACAAGCAGGAAGAAGUAGCUAAGUUAUUGAUGGACUAUAAAGCGAAUAUAAAUGCUCAAGGCAAAGACGGAAAAACUCCAAUAUUUUAUGCUAUUGAAAAUGCCGAUUUAAAAAUUACCAAGCUACUUUUAGCUGAUGGAGCAAAUGUAAAAGAUAAUCCUGAGCUAUUGAAUUUGGCUGUUAAGAAGGGUUACAUAGAAAUCGUUCAAGCCCUUUUGCAACAUGAUGCUGAAAUUAACGCUAAAACUGGAAAAACUGCCAUAUUUUAUGCUAUUGCGAAUGCCGAUUUAAAAAUUACCAAACUGCUUUUAACAAAUGGUGCUAAUGUCAAAGAUAAUCCAGAGCCACUGAAUAUUGCUGUUGAGAAAGGUUACAUAGAAAUCGUAGAAGCCCUUUUGCAAUAUAAUGCUGAUGUUAACGCCAGUGAUGUUAACGGUAAAACAGCAUUGCAUUUAACGGCAACUUUAAGGGAUUUUGAAAAUUCUUUUGGAUCUCGUACUGAUAAAGAUCCUAAUGUUAAUAAUAUUAAGGGCGAAAUUGCCAAACUGCUUCUUAAUCAAGGUGCUAAUGUAAACGCUCAAACUAAAAACGGCGAGACAACUCUUCAUAUUGCUACUCAAAAUGGAUAUGUACAAAUUGUUGAAGCUCUUUUGAAACAUAAAGCUGAUGUUAACGCUAGCGAUGUAUACGGUAAAACAGCAUUACAUUUAACUGCAACUUUAAGUGAUUUUAAAGAUUCUUUUAGAUCUCGUACUGAUGAAGAUCCUAAUGUUAAUAGUAAGGGAGAAAUUGCUAAACUGCUUCUUAAUCAGGGUGCUAAUGCAGACGCUCAAACUAAAAAUGGUGUGACAACACUUCAUAUUGCUACUCAAAAUGGAUAUGCACAAGUUGUUGAAGUUCUUUUGGAGUAUAAUGCAAAUGUUAAUUCUAGAGUAAAAAGUGACAUCACACCACUCCAUCUUUCUGCACAAAGAGGAGAUGAAGAAAUUUCCAAAAUGCUUUUGAAUAAAGGAGCUAAUUUAGAUGCUAAACAAAAGAAUGGAAUCACUGCGCUGCACAUUGCAACUCUAAAAGGUCAUAAAGAGAUUGUAAAACUAUUGCUUGAACGCGGUGCCAAAGUGGAUUCUAAAGGUAAAAGGGAUAUUACUCCCCUGCAUUUGGGUGCUCAAGAAGGUCAUCAGGAAAUCAUUGAAACAAUCUUAAAAUUUGGUGCUGAUAUUAAUUCUAGAGAUGAGUAUGGCAGAACUGCACUCCACAUCGCUUCUCACAAAAAGCAUGUUAAAGUUGUUACAACUCUGCUGGAGUAUGGCUCUGAUAUUAAUAUUAUUAGUAGAAAUUAUCACACACCUCUUGAUUAUGCUAUGGUUGGAUCUGGGCCCUUUAACGAAAGGGCUAAUAAAACUAUUGAAAUUAUUAAACGCCACAUAGUUCAAAUGAAAACUGCAAAUUUAUAUGUUAGUAAAAAAAAUUUGCUAUCGGUCAAACUUGCUAUCGGUGAUGAAAUAAGUAAUUUUCAGGAUAAAUGUGAGGUGGAAAUAACAAGCAUGAAAAGCGAGAAGAUAAAUAAUUAUAAUAUUUCAUUUUAUGAUAUCUUGUCCAAGAUUACUAAUUCAUUAGCAAUAUGUUUGAGGAAUGAAAAUAUAGUUCAUAUUCUAAAAUUAGACGACUAUAAAACAAAAUUUCCAAUAUAUGCUAGCAUGAUAAAAAGCCGUUUCAGAAAUGCUAUGAAAAGAAAAGAAUUACUUGAACAAAGCAAUAAAAUUAUAUUUUUUUUCUUAAACAAUUCUCCUCAUUUACCACAGGACUGUACUGAAAAAAUAUUAAGUUACUUGAGUGACGAAGAUUUAAAGCAUUUUAACGAAUGCUUAUAAGUGUAGUAAUAUCAUCGAAAAACGCGUUUAAGUUUGGUAGAGGCUCCUGAAGCAUUUCAAUUAAGUUUCCUAUCUUUGAAUUUUAUGAGUGAAGUCAAUAAACUCGACAAAUACCAAUUUUACGUGAGGAAUGGUUUAGUAUGGUAAUCAUUUUUCAAAUAAAUUAUACAUUUACCGUGUAAUAUUCUAGAUGGUGACCAUAUCCCCUUUAGGGGUUUAUUGUAAGAGGUGAAAAUUAAAGUUUUACGGAGACAUACAUUCGCUACUUACCGUUAAAAUUCCUUAUACUUCGUAUACUUCGAUGGCCUAAAAGUACAAAUAAAAGAUUCACUAAAAAUUUGUUUCUCAAGGAGUAUUUUGUUAGAGUUUAUACCAUAUUUGUAUUCUAUUACAAUUUAAAAUAAAUUUCUUCAACAUA